AUGUCUGAGUUUCCACCAGCUCAGCACAAAAGGGCCACAGGCCAAAAGAAACGGGAACGUCAGCCUUUGGUGUUCAUUUAUUUUGACCGCUUGGAUUUUCAUUACAAGAUUGAUCAAAGUGCAAUUGAUCCUUCUGCUUUCAAAAGGGAACGUCAGCCUUUAGUGUUCAUUUUUUUUGACCGCUUGAAUUUUUAUUACAAGAUUGAUCAAAGUACAAGUGAACCAUCAGCCUUAGAAAGUGAUCAAGGCCAUAUGAAAAACACAGAAGAGGAAUUCACCACGUUAGCUAUCAAAAUAGGUGUAACUGUCGCCAUUUUCCUUCUCAACACUGGUUUGGCCUUGAAAGCCAUCGAGCUGUGCCAAGAAAGUUUGAUUUUACUAAACAACGGUGAUUUAAGUGCGGACAGUCCAGUUGCCAAAUCAUUUGACGAACGCAUCCGCACCACAGUGAAAAGGGCGUGGUUCACUCUAUGGAAUUCACCAGGUAUUGAAGAAUACCUCGAGGAACUUUUACUUCACCCUGAAGAGAAAGCUCUCCCUAUCCAAAUAGAAAUUGGCGACAGACAUGAAGAGGCAAGAGUCUAUAGGAGCCUCGGAACAGUGUUCCGGUCGCUUGGCAAAUACGACAAGGCCCGAGAAUACUUGGAGAAAGCUCUCGCUAUCCAAAUAGAAAUUGGCGACAGAAAUGGAGAGGCAAGAGUCUAUGGGAGCCUCGGAACAGUGUUCCAGUCGCUUGGAAAAUACGACAAGGCCCGAGAGUACCUGGAGAAAGCUCUCGCUAUCCAAAUAGAAAUUGGCGACAGAAAUGGAGAGGCAACAGUCUAUAUGGGCCUCGGAACAGUGUUCAAGUCGCUUGGCAAAUACGACAAGGCCCGAGAAUACUUGGAGAAAGCUCUCGCUAUCCAAAUAGAAAUUGGCGACAGAAAUGGAGAGGCAACAAGCUACGCGACCCUCGGAUCACUAUUCAUGUCGCUUGGCAAUUAUGACAAGGCCCGAGAAUACCUGGAGAAAGCUCUACCCCUUAAAAUUGACAUGGAUAUUGGCAGGAAAGACGGUAUUGUUGUCAGUUACGCAGAUAUAGCAUCGUGUUUCCAAUCGCUCGGUAAAUAUGACGACGCCGAGGAGUACCUCAAGAAGGCUCUCCUACUAAGCAGGGAUAUUGGACACACCUUCAAUGAGUUUCACUGCCUUCUUGUUCUUACGGCGUUGAAGUUAUCACAAUUUGAUCUUCAAGAAGCCUUUUCGUUUCUUUUCCAAACUAUUGAAAUGUUUGACACUUUGCGAGGAUCUCUUGAAGACAACGAUCAGUUUAAAACAUCAUUUUUGGAGAAGCACGGAACCUUUCCCUACGAGUUACUCAGUCGUUUGCUUUCUUCCAUGACAAAGCCACAAGACGCCCUCUAUGUCGAGGAGCUGAGACGGGCGAGGGGCUUAGCCGACUUGAUGGCAGCUAGGUACUCUGUUGUAGAGCAGAUCUCAGGCGAUCCAAAAUCAUGGCAUGGGAUUCAAAAUAUUGUCGCAAAGGAAACUGACUGUGCAUGCCUCUACAUUUCUGUUGGAGAAAAGCGUAUGCGCUACUGGAUUCUCAAAGCAACAGGGGCUAUUCUUUUUUCAGAUAAGAAAGUGAGCCUGGAAAAAAACGUGCUGACCGGAUUAGUCCCUCACUUGGAUGAGUUUUUUACGCAAAGCUUUCGUGGCCUUGGCAUUUUACCCGAACAGGAUUGCGAAGAUCGAUCUCUAGAUGACGCCGAAUCGGUGUCACUUUACCAUGAAAAUCACCCGCUCUUGCGCGAUUGUGAUGACAAAGGUAUCAAGACAAAUCUUCACUUGUGCUACAAGAUAAUCAUCGCUCCUGUGGCCGCUUUACUGAAGGAGCCCGAAAUUAUCAUCGUCCCUGAUUCCUGUAUGUAUCAGGUACCAUUUGCGGCCUUAACUGACGAUGGAAGAAACUUUGUAUCAGAGACAUUUAGGUUACGCAUCGUUCCCUCUUUGAUGACUCUCAAGCAUAUUCAGGACAGUCCCCCAUACUAUCACAGUCAAACAGGUGCACUGAUAGUGGGUGACCCUCGGGUUGGAGAGGUGAUUUACAAGGGAAGACGCAUGAAUAUAACAGGAUUGCCAUGUGCAAGAAAGGAAGCAGAGAUGAUUGGAAGACUUCUUGGUGUCACACCUUUGAUUGGAGAUCGUGCGACAAAGCAGGCUGUACUUCAAGCAAUACAUUCAGUGAGUCUGAUCCAUUUAGCUGCCCAUGGUGAUGCUGAAAGAGGAGAGAUUGUCCUUUCCCCUGAGUGUCCCGCUGACUAUGUUCCACGAGAAGAAGCCUUCCUCUUGACGAUGGAGGAUAUUUCACGAAUUAAGCUGCGAGCUAAACUGGUUGUGCUUAGCUGUUGUCACAGUGCACGUGGACAGAUUAAAGCCGAGGGCAUUAUUGGAAUCGUUCGAGCGUUCUUAGGAUCCGGUGCUCGCUCAGUCUUGGCGGCACGGUGGGCCUUAGAUGACACAGCCACAGAGAAGUUCAUGACUUGUUUCUACGAGCACUUGUUCCGUGGUGAAAGCGCCAGUGAAUCUCUUCACGAGGCUAGGAAAUGGAUGAGAAACAAUGGCUUUGUAGAAAUCUCUAAGUGGGCGUCUUUUAUGCUGAUUGGCGACAACGUGACGUUUGAUUUUGCAAAUUGGCCUGUGUCUGCUACAACCAAAUAG